AAUGUAAUUGACGGACGGCUCUCAUUCAGUCCAGGACACGCACAGAAAACGCAGGUCGGCCCAAACAAGUUCGGAUGUAGACUAGAUUUGGACACUUGGACUCUUCUUUAGAGUGGAAAUACUCAGAUUUUCUGUGAUUUUAAUCAAGAAUCGAGGACAAUAAUUGCAGGAACAGGCUAAUGGGUGCUAAGGUGACCAUCUGCUGCUGUCACUACCACCUGAAACACAGCAGAGAGGAGAAACAUGCUAUUUUGCGCAUGCGCAAAACCACGGCUUCCAGCGAGUCCAGUGACAGCGACACAGAGGAGAAGAGCAUUUUUGGUGAGACACCUUCAAAAAGGAGCCCAUGGGACAAGCAGCAACGCCAGAGGACCACCGCCGAUCGAGACCUGGCCGUCAGAAGAGGCUCCGACAGGGAGCUGCAGGCCUUCAUCAGCAUGAGAGACCAGGCCGACAAAGCCACAGAGGAGUGGGAGAAGCUGAAUUAUGACAUACACGCCCUCUGCUACGCCAGACGGGAGGUUAGGUCUCGGUGGAAGAAGAUUCUGUUGCAGCUCGGUUACCAGCGCGAGGCGGACGCCCUGCUCCAUGUGCACAGACAGAUCCGGCCCGGUCCAGACCAGGAGCAGCUCAACAGAGCCUCUGACCUGUUGAAACAGCUGCUGGACCACACGUCCCUGUUCCCCCCUGGAACCGGACCCCAGAACAGAUACCUCCACGUUAUGGACCGGCUGGUGUCAUUGGACAGUGCUGAGGAGUUCAUCAGACUGGCCAAAGAGAAAUAUCCCAAGAAAUGAAAUGGUGUCAAAGACGAAGAACAGAGAGCGAGUGUGUAGAAAAUUUAGAAGACAAUUAUUAUAUUAUUAUGUAUCAUUUUUUAUAUGGCUUGUUUAUAAAUUGCCUUUUUCCUAUCCACUGUAAAGAUGCUCAGCCUCAUAAAUGUGCGUUUAGAAAUUAUACUGUGUACAGAUUAAACGUAUGUGUUGGUAACUGAUGUUAUUGUGAAAUCCAACACCUCCUGUCGUUGCUUUAUUGACGCUGCCCACUAGGUUUCUCUAAGAACGUCUUCUCAUUCAAGUCUCAGUCAUUUGACUCUGUAGCAGUAGUUUUUCCAGAAGGUGGCAGCGUGUAGUUGUGUUACGGAGGGCAGAAGAAAAAGGAGGAAAGGAUUAAUGCACAGAAGCAGAUUUUGGAUCUCGUCUCUCAAGAGCAGCUUGAGCAAUGAUAAAAACAAGGAACAUGCUCAUUAUCUCCUUGUUGUGGCUACAAUAGAUCCAACCAUCCUGAAGCAACAUUACCACAGACAAAGGUCCAGUAGAUCCAUCCUGGAUCCAGACAUAAAAGACGAGACAAAGCAGACACUGGGAAAGAUGUUGAGGGAGAAUCAUAAGGAAGUUGAAAGAUAAGUUUGAUAGUGAUCCAGGUUUUCAGUUGCUGGUGACCAGGAGACGUAAAAUGACACAUCCCAUCACUUCCCUGCUAUUUAACCAAACAUCCGUGCUCAGAUUAUCUCCAUUAAGUCUGAGCCCCAGAGGUCAAGAAGCAACAGCGUUCUCUCACUACUGACGGCUGUGGUAUGUCCUACACAAUCAUGCACAUCUGAACCCAGUAAGAGCGGGUUUACGCUGACCCAGAUAUUGUUCUCUCCAAGGCCCCUUCUCGAGUUUGGGGAACAGAUGUGGAAGUGAAAGAGGGGAACGCUGGGGGAGGGGAGCGGAACGAGGAGCGGGCCAGCAGUCUGGCAGCGCGGACAGGCAUUGUGCUGCAUGCACCUUUUUCUCAUUACAUUACUCAGUGUGUGUGUGUGUGUGUGUGUGUGACAUCAUUCUAAAAUAUCACAUAGUGGCUGGUUCUUACUGUAUUUUUUGGACUAAUAUACAGCUAAAGAAUGAUUAGGAAGCUAAUUAUACAUGACUAUAUUUGAUGCUAGAUGCCAGUUACAUAAAUAAUAAUUCUUUUUUUAUAUAAACAUUUUAGUACAAAUAUGCUACAAAUAUGCUCAAAAGGCCAGUUUGGCCAACGAAGAGGUAGCAGAGCAGAUGUGGCUGUGGUUUGAAUCAGCCGGCUUCGCUCUCGCUCUUGUUAGACAGUUUGUAAUUGCGACUCCUAGUCUACUCGGGUGAACGUCAAAGUGUGUAAUGGUUAACAGGUUAAACAGUCAAACUAAAUGUUUGAAUGCCCCGACUGGAAAAAGCCGCAUGUAUUAAACAAAGGGCUCCAAAUCUGUGCCUGUUCCAACUUACUAGAGAAGAAAUCUGGUUACUGGCCUCAUUUAAGGCUAAAACAGUACUGUAGAUUAGUGAAGUACAGUAAUGUUCUAGACCAAACAACUUUUGUUUCAAAUGCAUUAAUGUACUGGCAACAUAUAAUGUCACAUUCAAUCCUGUACAGUUGUAUUAACAUUAGCCACACUGCUUUAUACAAGGGCUGCUUGGUUUAGCUAGUCAAUGGUCUGCACAGUUUAAAUUAUUAUUAUCAUCAAAUAAGUAAUGAAAGCCUCAUUAACCAAAAACCUCUAAUAUUCUUUUUAUCAACUUCAUAAUCUGUACGGGUUCGAACUCUUCAAGCAGUCCAAACAGUCGGUCAGCACAUACUUGUGACUGAACCCUAAGAAUUCAUCUGUGUGUCCGUUGUAGCCUGUGAAAGAGUCCAGUGUUCACCUUAGAGAGCAAGUCAUGAUAAGAUAAGGUCCACACACACACGCACACGCACACACACACACACACACACACACACACACACACACACACACACACACACACA